AUGGUGCGCAAGCGUGACGACGGACCAACGUGCCGCGACGAUCCCGCUGGCUAUGCGCUCAGCUGCCUCCCGUAUGCGGACGACGACCACGACUGCGCGGACAGCGACCUGAGAUGCCUCUGCAAGCUGCUCACCACCAACGGCAACUCCGACAUCGCGAACGGCCGGUGCGUCUCGGACGGGUGCAUCAACGGCCCCGGAGCGGGUGGCCAGAGCGGGUACAGCUCCGCGUCGGCGUAUCAGGCUUCGUUCUGCUCUUCUGUUAUCGCUACUCCGUUGGGUAGCAUUGUGACUCCGUCGCCGACUUCUACCUCUGCGGCUACUAGCAGCCCGACGUCUGGAGGCAACAGCAGCGGUGCAUCCAGACUAGGCUUUGAGCAAGGCGCUCCAGUGAUCUUGACGGGCAUGUUCACCCUGUCUCUUCCAAUCAUAUUGGGAAUUAUUUGA